AUGGAGGAGUCUCAGAGUCUCAGAUCACUCUUUCAAUCCGCUCGUGAUGACAAGACUGAGUUGGAAACGAGAGGGGAUACCAAUACCGAAGCCUACCGUGAUGCCGUGAAUGCGACAAUCGCGAAAUUUCACGAAUGUCAGCGCCAGAUCAGCAUCUUGUCACUUUUCAGCUCAAAUGAAUCCCUAGAUGACGUCUCAACGGGUAACAUUACGUAUAUGACCCUGGAAUAUCACCUCGCUGAGCUGGUCCAGCGUGGCCCCACCUCCGAUCGUGAAGCAGUUCUUCGUCGAGCCCUAGAACAAUAUGAGACUUUCAUUACGCGUCUGGAUGAGUACGAGUUGCUCACCGGAGGAAAUAAGAAGCUUCUUGAGCAAUACAUGGCCAAUCCAUCCACAUUUACCCUCGCCCCGAUGAGUGACGCCGCCGCUCGUCGCGAUGUCAAAGUGAAACGCUUCAGGGAAGAGAAGGAGCUGAAACAAAAAUUAGAGUAUCUCGCACGGAACGAGGCCCGACUCCAGAGCGACGACGAUGACACGCGAAGAUUAUAUUUAGCAGAACUUCGACUCUACACCCAUCAGACCUUCCAAUCACUAGACCUUUUGAUGCAGGAGCUAUCGAUGCUUGCUCUCAUGAAAAAUGCGCCACCACCUCCCGACCCGCAGCCGGAAGAUGUUAGACAACGGGGACGAGGUGGUCCUAUCCUGAAUAGCAAAGGCAAGCCGAUGCAGCCCUUCACUCUUCUCGACCGCCGUACACAGCUCCAGCAAGGAGUGUUCCGCUCAGGUCACAACCUGCCGACAAUGACAAUUGACGAGUAUCUUGAAGAAGAGCACAGGAGAGGAAAUGUACUUCAGGGCGGAGAGCAAUCUGGCAUCAUACCGGAAGUUGACGAGGAUGAUUUUGACAAGGCGGAUGAGGAAACGAUGAGAGCUCGCGCCUGGGAUGAAUAUACCGAAGCCAACCCAAAGGGAUCUGGCAACACCCUUAAUCGGGGCUGA